GUUCGCGGUAUCCGCUUGAGACAUCAUGUCGCAACCAUUAUUUGGCGCGGUCGUCACGCGUAAUGUCAUGCACCAGCAGGACAGCGAAUAUAGCAUUCAGCUGAAUCGCUGGUUCCUGAAGCCGAUCGGAGCCUGGCCCAGGGCUGGCGCUUCGAUCAGCAUCAUGAACAAGCUUCUCUCGCGCGGUAUCCAGUUCACCUGCCACUCACUGAUCGCGUCCACGGUGAUACCAUGCAUACUGUAUAUCCUCUUCGAACCGGACGUAUAUCUGAAGCUGAAGGCUUUCGGUCCGAUGAUACACUGGUUAAUGGGUGGUGCGAAUUAUUGUUCGCUGCUGUCGAGUAGCCACAAGAUACGCAAGUGCGUGGACCACAUGCGUACCGAUUGGCAAAUGGUCGAAAGGAUGAGCGAUCGCGAGGUAAUGCUGAGAAACGCCAGAUUCGGUCGGUUCGUAUCCACUUUCUGCGCGGUCUUCAUGCAGGGCGGCGUGUGCUCGUACAGCGUGAUCACCGUGCUGACGCCGGUGAUCAUGCAGAUCGGCAAUAUUACCAUCACGAUGCGCCAGCUGCCCUGUCCAUUUUACACAGACUUGGUGGACGUCAGGUACAGUCCGGCGAACGAGAUCGUGCUUGGUCUCCAGUUGAUGUCGACCGUCAUAGUGAACUCUGUCACGGUAGGCGCGUGCAGCCUCGCUGCGGUCUUCGCCAUGCACGCCUGCGGCCAGUUGAAUAUUCUGAUGAUAAAACUGGACGAAUUGGUUGAUGGGACGGAAGGUGAAUUCAAGACGAAUCAUCGAAAGCUGGCUGUCAUCGUGGAGCAUCAUUUACGUGUACUGAGUUUUGUUUCGCAAAUAGAAGCGAUUAUGCAUCACAUAUGUCUCAUCGAGUUGCUGGGGUGCACAAUUGAUAUAUGCAUGCUCGGAUAUUACACGAUCAUGGAAUGGGAGUUACAUGAUACCAAAAAUUUGCUUACGUACUUCACUAUAUUUAUCUCUAUGUCAUGCAACAUUUUUAUAUUUUGUUACAUUGCUGAAAUUCUCACGGAUCAGUGUCAAAAAGUAGGCGAAAUGGUGUACAUGACAGAGUGGUAUCGGUUACAUCAUAAAACUGCACACGACUUGAUCCUAAUAAUUUCGAGAUCGAAUACUGUCAUAAAGAUAACCGCCGGAAAAAUGAUUCAACUGUCUAUUGCAACUUUUGGAGAUGUGAUGAAAACAGCGUUUGCAUAUCUAAAUAUACUCAGAACGGUAGCAACAUAGCAAAAACUAAAUAUAUAAGCUGAAUAUGAAAAUUACUGCAAACGGAUCAUUUGUAAAUUUAUGUAAUUUAUUAAUAAUUAAUGUAGUAACGUAGGGUACAUUUCGAUGA